CGAGCUCAAGAGCCCAGGGGAGUCUCAAAGUUUGUCUGGAGCAGUAGUGGGGAGUGGGCUUGUCGUGCGAGGACUUUCCUGGGAUGAGAGCUGCCUUCUUGCCUUCCUUUUGGAUGCACAGCCCGAUUUAACCCCUGCACCUCCGGCCCGAGCCCAGCAGGCUUGUCCUCCCCGGGGAUUCACAGAGCUCCGAGAACACGGAUCGCGGAGCUCUCGGCGGGGCUCUCCCGGGUUCUUGCGCCACUGCCUAAGUUCCACGCGUGCACACUCAAGCACUCACGGAGAGAGGCGUCUCGCCGGCCGGCCCGUGGCGGCUCUGAGCGGUCCCCUCCUGCCUCAGCAUCCCCGGCCCCGCGGGGCUCCCACCGCCAUGGAGGUGCUGGAAAGCGGGGAGCAGAGCGUCCUGCAAUGGGACCGUAAGCUGAGCGAGCUGUCAGAGCCCGGAGAGACCGAGGCCCUCAUGUACCACACGCACUUCUCAGAACUUCUGGACGAGUUUUCCCAGAACGUCUUGGGUCAGCUCCUGAAUGACCCUUUCCUCUCAGAGAAGAGUGUGUCAAUGGAGGUGGAGCCAUCUCCAACAUCACCAGCGCCUCUCAUCCAGGCUGAACACAGCUACUCCCUGAGCGAGGAGCCCCGGGCUCAGUCACCGUUCACCCACAUGACUACCAGCGAUGGCUUCAAUGACGAGGAAGUGGAGAGUGAGAAGUGGUACCUGUCUGCAGACUUCCCUUCGGCCACCAUCAAGACGGAGCCAAUCACAGAGGAGCAGCCCCCAGGACUCGUUCCCUCAGUCACUCUGACCAUCACAGCCAUCUCUACGCCUUUUGAAAAAGAAGAGUCCCCCCUGGAUAUGAGUGCUGGGGUGGAAUCCUCGUGCCAGACAAUUAUUCCUAAGAUUAAGUUGGAGCCUCAUGAGGUGGAUCAGUUCUUAAACUUCUCUCCUAAAGAAGCCUCCGUGGAUCAGCUGCACUUACCACCAACACCACCCAGUAGCCACAGCAGUGACUCAGAGGGCAGCCUGAGCCCUAACCCACGCCUGCAUCCCUUCAGCCUGUCUCAGGCCCACAGUCCUGCCAGAGCUAUGCCCCGGGGUCCCUCUGCCUUGUCCACAUCCCCUCUCCUCACAGCUCCACAUAAGCUGCAGGGGUCCGGCCCACUAGUCCUGACAGAGGAAGAGAAGAGAACCUUGAUUGCUGAGGGCUAUCCAAUUCCUACCAAACUGCCCCUGACAAAAUCUGAGGAGAAGGCCCUGAAGAAAAUCCGGAGAAAAAUCAAGAAUAAGAUUUCUGCCCAAGAAAGCAGGAGAAAGAAGAAAGAAUACAUGGACAGUCUGGAGAAAAAAGUGGAGUCUUGUUCAACUGAGAACUUGGAACUUCGGAAGAAGGUGGAGGUGCUGGAGAACACCAAUAGGACUCUCCUUCAGCAACUUCAGAAGCUUCAGACUCUAGUGAUGGGGAAGGUCUCUCGGACCUGCAAGUUAGCUGGCACACAGACUGGCACCUGCCUCAUGGUCGUUGUGCUGUGCUUUGCCGUUGCAUUCGGCAGCUUCUUUCAAGGCUAUGGGCCCUAUCCUUCUGCCACCAAGAUGGCUCUGCCCAGCCAGCAUCGCCUGUCGGAGCCGUACACAGCCUCCGUGGUGAAAUCCAGGAACCUGCUAAUCUAUGAGGAACAUUCUCCUGUGGAGGAGUCAUCCAGUCCAGCCUCAGCUGGAGAGCUUGGAGGCUGGGACAGAGGCUCCUCCCUGCUCAGGGCAUCGGGGCUUGAGGCUCUGCCCGAGGUGGAUCUUCCCCACUUCAUCAUCUCCAACGAGACCAGCUUGGAGAAGUCGGUGCUGAUGGAGCUUCAGCAACACCUGGUCAGCAGCAAACUGGAAGGGAACGAAACGCUCAAAGUUGUAGAGCUGGAGAGGAGAGUGAACGCCACCUUCUAAGAAGCCGUCUCUGCUCUCCUCUUCUUCUAACUCCAGCUGUGUGUGCCCAGACUGCCUUGACCCUACGCUUCCCCUUCACCCCUGGAUCUUGAGGAGGAUGUGGACCAGUGCUAGUGGCUUGAGAUGGGAGGCCAGCUUGGGGGUUUCUGCUUUACGUCCGUCCCCAGUGGCUCUACACAGAAGGGAGCUGACACCUCUCUGUCCCUUUCUCUUACUGCCAUAGGAAAUUAUUUUAGGGGUGAGGGAGGGGUGGGACGAGCAGGCUUGCUUCCACCAGCACCAAGAAGAUACUCUCUGAUUCUUCCGGGUGAGGUGUGGUUCUUGCGAAGGAGACAGGACUCAUGUUCAGUUGAGACCCCAGACUCUAGCCACAAAUAUGCCACACACGCACCAGGGAGUGGCAAAGCACUGACUUCUGACCCCUCUUGCUCACUGGGACUCCAGUGUGACCCUGCCCCCACUGAGAGUACCAAAGUGCCAUUCCAGUCUUCUCUCUCUCCAUUCUGUACCCUGGAGCCCUUAUUGGCUGCCGGCACAGGCAGAUGGGACUCCGACCAUAUUUUCAGGCCGCAAGUGCAAUUCCUGAAGGCAUCAGGCUCUUCUCCUCCAGGCCACCCUGCCCACUGUGUUGCUUGUAGGAUACCCCACACACACACACACACACCACACAGCCUGCAUCCCCAUGGGACAGUAGCUCUGUUUCCCUGGCCUCCCCUUCCUAUUUGUAAAUAGUAUUUAUUAGCUUGCUGAAGCUCCCUGCUGACUGUAGCAAAGAAAUUCCAUGACUCCUUCCAACAAGCAAAUUCUUCUGUCGGCCUUUGGAACAGGAGAGUCCCCAGGAUCUGGGACCCCCAGUAUUUCUAGCUGAUGCCUUAUUUUCUCCUUUCCCUUUCUUUUUAAAAUUGGGGACCUAUAAGAUAACCACUGCUGGGAGGUCCCCGUAAGCACGUGUCCCCUGUUGGAUGAAUACAUGGGAAGUGAUGGAACAUUGUCUUCUUGCUCAGGUGCCGGGCUCUAUGGCCGCGUGUUUUCUCUCUCUGUUUCUGGAUCAGAGGGAAGCCGCGCCCGCGCCUGACAGUAGGCAUUGCUGAGAACCUUGCUAGCUUGUCGUGCGUCCUGCGUGCCCCCUCCCUUGCCCCCCUCGCCCCCUCCCUCCCUCCCUUCUGCCCUUUCUCCACUUGCCUUGACUAGGGGGGCUGGAGUUGGUGGUAUUUGUGCACCCACAGUCAUACCUUUAAGUCAGGCCUGGCUACUUUGCAGCUCACCCAAAGAGAUACAAUGAACCCCCAAACUCCUUUCCUUUUUUUAUGAGUAAAAAGUAAAAUUUGUAGUUAAAAAAAAAACCAACAACCUUUUCUCUUUCAUACAAAUAAGAAAUGGAAAUUACUCUUUUAUUGUAUAAGAUAGAAGACUCUUUUUAAGUGUUUUUCUCCCUGGCUUGUAAAAGAUUUUAUGUAAGAAAUGUGCUUACACUUUGUAUUUUAUUUUUAGCAGCAGCUGAAGGGCCUUUAGUUUUGGUCUCUCUCUCUCUCUCUCUCUCUCUCUCUCUCUCUCUCUCUCUCUCUCUCUCAUUUUUUCCUCUGUCAUCUAUAUGACGGUUAGAGCCUGUAUAAGAGGGAUUAUGACCACAUUGGCCCUUGCAUUCUAUGUCACAUACAGGAUUCGGUGUCAUUAGUGUUUGCUGUCAUGCCCCAUGAGCAGCUUCCUGUUUGGUCUGCUCAGGUCAUCAUUGCGAGUGUUCUCUCCCUCCCUCCGCCCCUCCCUCCCUCCCUCCUUCCUUCCCUCUCUUCUACAGUGGGUUCCCAGCUGGCAGAUGUCCAAGCUCACUUGUAGUGUGUGAGACCCACCUCAAGGCCACUGUGAUCCUGGCAGCCCUGCUGCUCACAGGGCUGUCCCUGUCCCUUACACUCAGAUGCCUGGACUGUACAGAGAGGAGAGUGGCUAGUGAUCUGCUUCUGCUUCCUUUUGGUCUUCUCUCUUCCUUCCUUCGCUCUUCCUGGGCCUGGCUCAUCCUGUUCUUUACAGUGCCAGAUGUUUGUGCAUAGUAAACAUAAAAAAUGCAGAUGAGAGCCUAAGAAGGGGGAAAAACAGGAUGAGGUGAUAUUUGUGUGAUGAGAAGGAGAGUUUGAAGAAAGGGCAGAAGUGAAAUUUUAGGCUGAUGUAUACAUCUGCUGAACUGAAUCUCUCUCUCUCCCUCCCUCCCUCCCUCCCUCCCUCCCUCCCUCCCCUCUUUCCCUCCCUCUUGAUGUCCCUGGAGAGCCAGGGUGGAUGAGGAAGGAGAAGGAACUGUCUAGUCAUAUCUGGUUCUCUGAGGACUUCGUUUUCUUCUCUACCUACUCUUUUGGAUGUCACUGUCUCCAGACAGCAGGGCCCUUUGUGGGAAAUGGGCCUUCCAGAAUAGAAUCUGUAACUAGAGACGUGGGACAUUAGCCAGAGAACUCAAACAGCCCUUUAAAGGAGCUCUCGGCAGCCAACACUGCCUCUCUAUUGAGAGAAACCUCUGCCCUCUGAUCCUGGCUUGGUGAGGAAAGGGGACCAAGCAAUGAUCCCUCUGGGAUACUCAGAUACUCAGUGCAAUCAAGGGACCCAGAGUGGCAUAAGACAGGAUGGUUUGCAAGUAGCUAAUGGAUGUGUGCACACUUUCUGUUCAAAGUUCAAGGCCAGAGUAUCAGUUUUUCCCACCAACUGAGCUGUGCCACAGACCAGUCAAUAACUUACAGAUGUAUCUGAAGGUUUUGAAUAGUGACAGACUUUAACACCUUGAAUUGAAAUUUUGAAAAUACCUAAGACUGCUAGACUCUUUUAGAAGCCAGAACAAUUAGUCGGCUGGUUGUAUUUUCUGUUCUAUAAACAGCUCCCCCCCAUACACUUUAAAAUCACUUUAGUGAUGGAGAUGUCUUGCAAAGAUUUCGAGAACAAGUCUCUUUUCUUCCCUGUAGAUGAGACCUCAGUAACCCGGUUGCCCCUCCCUCGGGUCUUUUCACAGCUCCCAACUUCUCACUGGGAAAUGGAUCUUGCAAAUGAGAGGAGUCAGCACCAGCAUUGAGGGAGAGCCUCUGAAGUGUCAGGACUCUGGAGUGUAACUCACAGAAAGAAAGCAUUCUAUAAAAAUCUGACAGCUGAACUCAGUUGCUCCUUCCUGGCAGAAGGUGGGGGUGGGAUCUGACAUCAGUACAGGCAGUUAGAUAACCUUUCAGUCCAUGGAUGUGAUUUUGUGGAUUGGGAAAACAGCUUUGGGGCCGCUUACUUACAAGCUAUACAUACCAGGUUAAUAGGUACCCCGUUUCAAUCACCAGAUCUACUCGAGUGCCUAUGGCUAUGAAUCUUACGUCUACAUACAGUAGGGAUGUUAGACCGACUGCUCUUUAUGCUGGUACAGAGUCCACAUCCAUCAUUUUUACCACAGGCAUUUUGUUAAAAUUCUUUCCAGCACUUCGUGUCCCCUCCAUCCCAUGUGCCCAGGCCCAGAAAAAAGCAGCAGAACAGAAUUAGAAGUGUCUCUCAGCCAGCUCGUGUAGACAUAUGUGCCUUGUGAGGUGUAUAUGUGAGCCCAGCAGAGAAAUGGAGACAUCUUGUCCCCACGUGAGGAGUGGACAUCUGCCUGAUCCUUGCCAGCGUGGAGGCAUGGAAAUGGGAGAAGACGCUUUUAGUUGGUGAUUUCUUUCUGUUUGAGAAACAUGGAUGAGCUCAGCACUCCCGCCUGCAGCCUGUUGGGACCUGUAGAGCCAUCCAUGGUGGGUUCCUAGAGCCACUUUAUGGGAAAACUCGAGACAGAAGCAGUUAGCACAGGGUGAUAGGAUAAGUUACGCUCCCACCCGCCAAAGGCACAGUGGAGAGAACAGUAAGGUGGGGCUGGAAGGAGCCAAACGCUCAUUCGAUCAUUCAUUCAUCCAUUUGUUCACUCCUUUGACUUGGCAGUUUUAAGGAAGAGCAGGCUUCCUGAGACCUAGGAUAUGUUGGAGAAUAAGAGGGACUUGGAGAACCAGUUUGUCAAUAGCCAUUCAGAAGACCAAGUGCUACUAAUGCUAGUAUAUUCUCUCUCUCUCUCUCUCUCUCUCUCUCUCUCUCUCUCUCUCUCUCUCUCUCCCUCUCUCUCUCCACACACACACACUCCUCUCCUAGAUACUUAUGUACUUAUGCCUCCAAUGUGCCUUAUAUCUGAAACUAGGAUGGUAGGAAUCUUCUGUCCCUGGAAAGUGUCACAUGUUACUAUUGAGUAUUAGAUUGAAGUUGGGGAUGGGCGCUUUCUCCAGAGACUCAGAGAUGGUUCCCUACAAAUGAGCCACUAUUAGAUUUGCCUAUCAGGGGAGAAGAAAUGGGGUUAUAUCCAUUAGGAAAUGUAGAUAGAGGUGCAAUCACAUCAAAAACAUGGCCAGCCAGGAGGAUUAAAGGUAUUCUAAAUCCUCACCACAGAGCAUUUUCUGGAUGCAAAGGCACUAGCCCAUUUGAAGAUUAAUGCUCUGUGCCUCUGGGCCAAAAGGUCUGCACUCUGCGCUAGGGAGAAAAACAUUAACUGUUGUUUGUAGCAUCAUAAAAUUCUGGACUGCCUUACUUUGUCGUGGUUUCUAGAAGGAAGGAGAUAUGAUUUCUUGAGUAUUUACUGGAGUGUUGUGCUAAGUAAGCUUUGAGCCUCUGAACUUGAUUGAAACAGAGAGCAGGGGUGGCUUGUUGCCAUGAGAAGUCAAUGCAGUGGGAGGCAUGGGAGCCUGUCUAGUCGUUUCUGAGGGCACACAGUCUGUGUCUGGCUCUCUGGACAGAAACAGCUCACCCACCACAGUGGCCCCACUCAGCACUGUGCAGUGCUCAGCUCUUUGCCUGUCUCUGAAAUGCCAUCUGCAGGUCUGUCUUCUGCCCUUCUCAUCCUGCCUUUUGAGAGCACAGCUCAUAGGCUUUGCAUCUGGGUGAAGGGAACCCGGGGUUUCAGACUCCUUUUCUCUGCUUCUCAACAGUAGGGUGGCACUCAUGGCCUGCACAGCUUAGAGACUGUCCCUCUCAGAUAAAGCCCAUUAUGAGUCUAUGGAAAACACCAGCACUCGGGACACACCAUGGGUGACCCUUCCUAUACAGUAGAGAGCAGAGCCCAGAUGGUGAUGUAGUCAUCCCUCAGAUUUCCUUGCCUAGACUGGCAACCGACUGUUGCUUUCUUUUGAAACACUUAAAUCAGCAUUGUUUAAGUCCAAGUACAUUGCAAGUCUGUCACCUGGCCUGUUGCACUGUUUUAUGACUUCUUAUCCUUCAUCAUAGCUAAUUAAAUACCAAAAAUAAUAAUAAUAAAGCUUUGUAGUAUACUUGUACUUAGUUUGGGAAAAAAAUGAAAUUGUAAUGCAUUUGUAUUUCCAU